AUGCCCAACAACGGCUCUUUCUUUGUAAACUACGUGAUUACAGCGACUUUCAUUGGUUCAGCCUGUGAUCUUGCACGCAUGUCCGAAUUGACCAUGUACGCCAUUCGGCUACUGUUUCUGCGUUCCAAGUCGGAGAAAAUUGCGGCUCAAAAGGCCGUUCUGGUUGAGUUCGACUUUGGCAUUAACUACGCCUGGCUGGUUUGUGCGUUCGCCGUGAUAACUUCCUACAGCAUAUUGUGUCCGCUGAUUACGCCAUUCGGUUUUGUCUGCCUUUGCAUGCGAUACGCCGUUGCGCGGUACAAUCUCUUCUUUGCCUACAUGCCCAGUCGCAUCGACAUGCGCAUGCAUUGGCUGGCCACCAGCCUAAUGCUGGGCUGCGUCCUCAUGCUGCAGUUGAAUAUUUUUAUCAUUACCUGGUUCCUAUUUGGCGUGUUCGCUGGCUGGAUCUACGUUGAUGGCAAGGCCGUGAAACGACGGUUUAGUUUUCAUCCCCCGACGCUUGACCGCCGAUGGCCUGAACCUCCUGCGAUGCCACCACGCCCUCACCUAGAGCCCUCACCUAGCACCCAGCCACCGCCUGUCACUCUUGAAGCGCCCUCUCCUAACUUCGAGCCACGCACGCCCAGGCAUUUCAGGUUUUCAACUGGAUUGGUAUGUGCUAGAUGCUUUCUGUCGGCUGUUAAAGUUAAUCAAGUCGUAUAUCGAUACACGCAAUGUUUUAUCUCGUAUCGGGUCCUUUUCUCUGCGGAAACGUUGACCGCCCAUCGGAAGUAG